GAAGCCUCAUAAGGGAAGUGUCGCAGCGUGUUCACCAGCUCAGUUCUGAGGCGCUGCGCACUUUCCACCUGGAUUUUUAAUCAGCCAAUCACAAAAAACAGAGUUAAACAAUUUUUAAAUUAUAUAUAUAAAGCGGCACACGAUGGCCACUGAUUCGGGCUACGGUGGCUCACAGAGCUAUGGAUCAUAUGGGGGUCAGCAAGGUGGCCAGGGUUAUGGUCAAGGAAAUGGCAGUGGCUCAUAUGGAGGACAGAGUUAUGGUGGUUAUGGACAGCAAGGUGCCACUCCAGAAGUUAAAGAAGAUUUGAAGAUACUUUCGCAAGACGGUUAUGGCCAACCUCAGCAACAGAGCUAUAACAAUUAUGGACAGGAGUCGUCUGGGUACGGUGACAAGCCUUCUUAUGGCCAGCAAGGCUCUGGGUCUUAUGGUCAGCAAAGUUCUUAUGGACAAGGAGGAGAGGGCUAUGCACAGCAAAGCUCCUAUGGUGCACAGGGACAAGGCGGCAGUAGCGCUGGAUAUGGUGGACAGGGGCAAGGAAGUGGCAGCUACGGAAGGUGGAGUGAAGGUGAAAGUGGUGGUCAAGGUGCGAGGUAUGGCCGUGACCAGGGAGACAGUUCAGACCGAGGUGGCUACAGAGGGCGAGGCCGUGGUGGUGGUGGUGGCGGCGGCGGUUAUGAUCGCGGCGGUUUUGACCGCAGUAGUGGAUUUGACCGUGGCGGAUAUGACCGUGGUGGAAGAGGCGGACCUCCUGGUAUGGGAGGUGGUGACCGUGGUGGCUACAAAAAUUACGGUGGCUCUCGAGACUACAGCUCAAGGGAUGAACCAGCUGGAGAGCAGGACAACUCUGACAACAACACCAUUUUCGUGCAGGGACUUGGAGAGGAUGCCACAGUUCAGGAAGUUGGCGAUUUCUUCAAACAAAUUGGUAUCAUCAAGGUAAAUAAGAAGACGGGUCUGCCAAUGAUCAACAUCUACUCUGACAAGGCCACCGGUCGACCAAAGGGAGAAGCAACAGUGUCAUUUGAUGACCCUCCAUCAGCCAAAGCUGCUAUUGACUGGUUUGACGGAAAAGAAUUCAAUGGCAAACCCAUCAAAGUAUCGUUUGCCACCCGCAGAGCUGAGUUCACACAGAGAGGAGGUGGCAGAGGUGGAGGACGAGGCGGUGGUUUCAGAGGUCGUGGUGGUGGAGGACCCAGCUUUGACAUGAAGGGAGGAGACUGGCCUUGUCCUAAUAGCUCUUGCGGUAACAUGAAUUUUGCACGGCGGCAGGAGUGUAACAAGUGUGGUGCACCUAAACCAGGAGAUGCAGGAUUUGGAGGUGGUGAUCGUGGCGGCAGAGGUGGCGGUUACAGCGGCGACAGAGGCGGUGGCUUCAGAGGGCGUGGAGGAUUCCGUGGAGGAGACCGUGGAGGCUAUGGAGGAGGAGGUGGAGGUGGUGGUGGAGGAUUCGGAGGUGGCUACAAAAUGGGAGGAAGAGGUGACCGCAGAGACGACAGAAGAGACCGGCCAUACUAAGCAGAAGGAAACCAUUCCAGCCCUCGAGUUCACUGUGGAGGGAGGAUUUAGUUUGUCAAAAAGAAAUCAGGGAAGGGGAUAGAUCAGACAUUCACACUUGUCUACUGUUUUUGUAGCCAGCACAUCCUCAGUGUUACUGUUUUCAUCUGUGAAUGACAGGAUGUGUUCAUGUCAGGGACUCUGGGGCUGAUUGGCUCUGUUGGCAUGUUGUCAAAUGUUUUUUGUUUUUUUUUUUUUGUUUUUUUUCCAAUGCUAUUUUUUGUUUUUCUUUGUACAUCUUUUUAUUUUGAUCUCAGAUUUUAGUUGCAGAUGUUUUGUGAGGUAGACUUCGCACCAUUGUUUUCUAUGAACGGAAUAAAAUGUUUUACUUUUUUCCCUAAAUGAUAUUAAAACUGUGAUCUUUU